GGGCUCGGGGGCGGGGCUCGAGAACGGGGGACACUUCCUGUCCGGGGCCGCGGCUCAGAGUCCGGCAGGUGAGCGGCGGAGUCCCGGACGAGGGGACAGGGUCUCAGUUGUGCUACAUCUUCAAGAAAGCUUCUUUAGGAAGAUGGCAGACCUGGGGGGAGAACAGGAGUCACCUCCUGUUCCAUCCCCCAUCAGUUUUUCAUCACCUGGGAUAACUCCUGGACCUCAUCGCCACAAGGCACAGCUCCACCUCCAUGAUCAUCAACAUGGAUUUACAGUUUCCAAACCUGAUGUAAUUUCCUUGCUGCAGGAAGAGGAAGAACUAUCUGGCUCCGAUUUUCAAGGAAUUCAAGAAACAGAGAUCUCAAGAGAUAACUACACAGAUUCUGAGUCUGAGAUUGAAUUGUUAACACCAAAGCAAGAAGUAUCUGAAGAAGGAGAAGAACAUGGAGGGAUGUUGAAAAGUCUCCUCAGGAAUGUUCCUCGAGGACCCAAAUUCGCAGAACCCUGUGAACGAGAGGACAGUUUAGAAAGGCAGAUGGGAAACUCUGCUGGGGGCAGAGAGAGGAUAUCCCUCUCCCAGAAGCGAGGUUCCUGGCAUAUGACAGUCCUUCACCAGGAGACUCCCCCAGUAGAAGGGAGCCCAGGAUGUAAUGAAUUUGGGGGAAGCUUUAGUCUGAGCUCAAGCUUUAUGACACGUCAGGGAGGCUCCAUAGGAGGGAAACCCCAUAAAUGUGACACCUGUGGUAAAUGCUUCAAAUAUAAUUCAUUACUUAUUAAACACCAGAGAAUUCACACUGGAGAGAAACCCUAUGAAUGCAGUGAUUGUGGGAAAUGUUUCAGAGGGUGGUCAGGCUUUAUUCAACAUCACAGAAUUCACACUGGAGAGAAGCCUUAUGAAUGUAAUGAAUGUGGGAAAGCCUUCAGUCACAGUUCACAUUUUACUCAACACCUGAGAAUUCAUAAUGGAGAGAAGCCCUAUAAAUGUAAUGAAUGUGGGCAAGCUUUCAGCCAGAGCUCAAAUCUCAUUCGACACCAGAGACUUCACACUGGAGAGAAACCCUAUGAGUGUAGUGAAUGUGGGAAAGCUUUCAUUUGGAGCUCAGUGCUCAUUGAGCAUCAGAGAAUUCACACUGGGGAGAAACCCUAUGAAUGCAAUGAGUGUGGGAAAGCCUUCAGAGGGAGGUCACACUUUUUUCGACACCUGAGAACUCACACUGGAGAAAAGCCUUUUGAAUGCAAUGAAUGCGGGAAAGCCUUCGGUCAGAGCUCACAACUUAUACAGCAUCAGAGAAUCCACUACAGAGAAUAACCCCAGGAAUAUAAUGUAAUGAAUGUGGGGAACGGAUACCUUGAUAGAGCAGAAAAUCUACUUUGGGGCAUGAGCCCAUUAAAAAAAAUUAAGGUCCUAAUGGAAAGAGUUCUUGUCUAAUUCUCUUUGUGCAGCAACCUAGCCCAGCAUCGCAUGCAGUGAGGUAACAAAUAAAUACUUGGUGAUUGGUGAUAAUAAAUUUUUGUUCAUAACUGUGUAAACUACUUCAGUGAGUGCUCCCCAUCCUGUUUACUGAAGGGUCACAAGAAGAGGAAAAAAAUAGGGGAGCAUAUUGUUAAGGUGAAAAAUCAAAAUUUGGAAAAUAGGUGAGUGGCAGCCAAUUCUGUGAAGAUCUCAAAGAUUAGAGAGCAAUAGAUGGAGAUUAUUGGAUUUGGCUGAGAAGAGAAACAAGGAACAGGUAAUUCAAUCACUACCAGCAUUACUGAGCUCCCCCUUUGGGAGGGGUAUUCAGAAGACAGGCUAUGAUAUUUAUGUCCUUGAGGUUAUCAGGGUGGAAGAGAAUGAAAAUCUUAGUGUCCUUGCCUCCCCCUGCAGAUAAAAGGGACCUUGAAGAGUGGAAAGAACAGUUGUCUUCACUUCUCCUAAGUUCAUAAAGCCUCUUAUAUCCAUCUCCUCCCUAUCAUUUCUUGCCCUUCCUUUCUUUACCCUUCCCAUGUUUAUUCCCUCACUGUGUUUCUACUUGUGAGGGGCAGGGUUUGGUAGAACAAGAUUCAAAAUAGGGGACCUAAUCUUUAUGUGGAACUCUAGUGGCCAAAGCAAAAUCACUCACUGCCUCUUAAAAGUACAAGUAAGGAACUAGGUUAUAAAGUAUCUUGAUAGAGAACACAUUGUAAGGGACACCACGGUAUCAAUAAUAAAUUAUUUUUAAAGUUCAUUCAAGAUAGGAUUCCACUUAUAGCUUUAAUGAAGUAACUUGAUAGUGCAAAAGACCUAUUGAACAAUAAAAGAGAAUGGGAAUUCUAGUAGUUACCUGGUUCAACCCUAUAGCUUUCCUGAUAAAUGGUUAUUUUCUUGUUGCUUGAAUACUUCUGGUGAUAGGGUAUUCACUAACUGCAUGGAGAGAAGUUUGGGUUUGAUUUUUAAGAGUUCUUAAAAUGAGCUAGAAUUUGUUUUUCUAUAACACCUAUUCAAUACAUACACUGAAGUAAUUUGAAGACAUGCUAUGUUCUUCCUCAGUCUUCUCCAGUUCCUUCAACUAAUGCUCAUGAGCUAAUCACUUUCAUCCUGAUUGUCUUGUAAUUGUGUUCCAGUUAACGGUCCCCCUUAAAAUCUGGUGACUAGAACCUACUAUUCUAAGCAUGACAUAAAAUGAAGUCCUCAUUUUAAAAUUUCCUUUCUGAGAAAGGUGUUAAGAGAGUUUAUCUGAUACUGUCUUUUGAAGCAAACACAUUAGACCAGAGAAUUCCCACACUGGAUUAUCCUCAUAAUAGCCAUCUGAUCCUGUGCUAUAUCUAAUAGAACCUCCAAGGGAUAUUUGGUGGUAAGUCAGGGUUGUCCCUGAUAGGAUUCUAAGAACCCUAUUAAUAGGUUAAUUCAGAGAACUCCAAAACAUCUUGGCUCAUCUUAGUUAUCUGUUCAUGUGUCACCAAAGAGAUCACACAAUACUAUUUUGAAACAGUUCUUAGGUUCAGCCUUACAUCCCCUAUCAGGAAAUACCCAGCCACUAUAGAUUGUAUGACAAAACAUUCUCGGCUUACCUCUUAAAUUUUAAGGGUUAUUUCUUUGUUUAAUCUAGCAUUGAUGAAUAUAGCCCUCUUCACUCCACACCUACCAUUCAUUAUUAUACGUUCUUAGAACAUAAAGUCACCUCAUUCAUUUCUCUAGAACUACUUAGGAUUUAGAGACCUUAGAGAUGGGGUAGUCCAACUAAAUUUUACAAAUAAGGAAACUGGGCAUGGAGAGCAGAAGGGACCAGUAAAACCAUACUGGGAGGAAAUAUCAGAGCCUAUGUCUUUUAAAUAGGUUUUUUUAUUCCUGAGGUCUUGUGUCCAGAAAUUUAUUUAUUUGGUACCCUAUGGUUUUAUACAUGCCUCUUAGGUUAACAUCUGUUGCUUUGCAUAUCAUAUUCUUGAUAGCACAUUUAGCCCACCAACACCCCCAUCUCAUUUUUACUUAUUCUUGAUUUAACAACUAGUUUAUCUGAUAAAUUAUAUCUCAUCAGUGAGAAAAGAGUAGGAGCCCUUACCACUGCUACCACUACUACUCUCCCCCCAGUUCUCCCUCUCAAAGUAAUGUGCUUAUUUUUAACAACUUUUCUAAAGCUCAGGCUUUACCUACCUGAUCCAAUAUUUGGGGCCAGAGGUGUGGGGCAAGAGAAAGGCACACAAGUGUGCAUGUGCUCAGGAAAAAUGGAAUACUAGAGCUAGAAGAGAUCAUAUAGGGCACAUAGUUCAAGUCUUGGAGCAUAGAUUCUCUUUACAAUAGUCCCAACAGCUUUUAGACUAUGUUUAAAGUCCUCCAGUGAUGGGUAACAUAAUAAAGUACAAAGGCAGCAAAUUCCAUUUUUAAACAAUUCUAAUUCCUUUCUGAAAUGUGACAAGAUCACUGCAUUCAAUGUCCAGCAAACUGACUCAGUUGUGGUCUCACUUCAACUAUUGAGAACUAGUAUUAACCUCCCCUCUCCCCCUCCAUCCCCGAAAUAAUACUUCAUCUUUGUUACUUCAUUCCUCUACCCCAGGUGUCAUUCUAAGCCAUAAGCUUUCCAAGGCAUGAGUUAAAAUAUAAACUAUAAGGCCCGCUUUAAGCAUUUACUGUAUGAAAUGCCUUUAAGUUCCCAAAUUCUUCAGUAGAUUAGUCAUCCAAUUCUAAAGAUGAAAAAUUUGCAGAUGAGAAAACAGCUCAGAAAAGUUAAGUGACUUGACCAAAGUCAUAUAGGUAGUAAAGCCAGGGUUAAAUAGACUAUAGUCUAUUAUUAAGGCAGUGCCCUAUGCUACCUCUGUUUGUUAGGAAGUUCUUCUGUUGAAUGAAAAUCUGAUGCCCUAUGACUUACUGCCUUUGGUCCUAUUCCUUCUUGAGUCAAGAGGAGCAAGUCUUACUUAUCUCCCACAUAGAAUCAUAGACUCAUUAUAGGGAGAUAUCUCAGAAAUCACCUUAGCUAAACCAUACCCCAAGCAUAAAUCUAUUUAACAGGACGAUCCUUUUGUUGAAAGAUUUUCAUUGAAUCUCCCUUUAAGUCCUCUCUUGUUCGAGUUUAACAUUACCAUUUCUGCCACACUUCCUAUGACAUAGUCUUAAGUCUACUAUACUGAAUGUCCUUCUCCAGGUAGCAAUAUCCAUUGGCAGGCUAUAAAUCACACAACAGAAAGAUCUAUACCAAUGUGGCUUCAGAGUAACAGUGGAAUUAUAGGUCAUGUAUUUAGAGCUAGAAGGGAAUUAGAGAUUAUCUAAUCUUUCAAUAAUAGAUUUAGAGCUGGAAGGAAGAGGAUAUGAAGUCAACUCCUUCAUUUUUCAGAUAAUGAAAUUGAAGCCCUUGAAAGUCCAGUUAGCCAGUCUCUCCCCCAAUCUUUGCCCCAUGUUACAGGUGCCUAAAGUUACAUAACUAGCGAGUAGCAAAAAUGGGAUUUAAAUGAAAAUCCUUUUUCUCCAAAUUGGUCUUGGAGCAGCAACAUGGUGCAGUGGAUAGAGCACCAGCCCUAAAAUCAAAGAGGACCCAAAUUCAAAUUCAGCUUCAGUGAUGACACUAACUGUGACCCUGGGCAAGUCACUUAACCCCAAUUGCCUCAAAAAGAAAAAAACACCACAAAAUGAGUAGUCUUUCCACUGUACCGUGUUAUCUCUUGGGGGACAGCUUGACAGGAGGAAUUUUGACAAUGCUAAAAAGUUGGCAGUUCUUAAACUCUGGUCAAGGAAAUCUUAUAUAUACAAUCUUCUGGAGUCCCAGAAUCACUUGAUGCUACACCUGAAAAGGCAGAAUAACAAAAGCUCCCAUUUCCAUGGUGUUUUAUAGUUUACAGAACAUGUUCUUCAUAAUAGUUCUAUAAAGUAGGCAAUGUUGUCCAUCCUCAUUUUACAAUUCAUAGAGGUUAACUAAGUCCAUGUACUUUGGAAGUUGUAAGAGAUGAGUAUCUCAAAUCAGUCUGUUUCCAAAGACUUAGAAUUUUGUCACUGCAUGAUAAUAAUAGUCACAGAGGAUAAUCUAUGAGAGGGAGUUUCAGACUCCCUUACCCUCUUCCCAUUUUGAUCUUUCAACUGACUUUUAAAAUUUCCCUUCCAUUGCUUCCUUCUUUCUUCUUUUCUCUCUUAUCCCUAUGUUUAUUUAUGUUCAUUCGUGUGUUCCUUUUGCAAAUUUUUGUUAGACACUUAUUACUGCCAGGUUCUGACAAGAAAGCAUCCUAAUCUUUCCAAAUGUGGACAUCAUGGUUGCUAAUGGAAGUAGGGAAAAAAAAGAACAUUUGUUUAAGAAAAACUGAUAAAAAUUAACUUGAAAAGAAACACAGUUGCUCAGAUAAAAUGUUGAGGAGAAACAUAGACUAUUCUGAAGAUCUCUUCAUUUCCUACCUGGCUGCAUUCCUUUGGACUUCAUCAUGCUGUAAGAACCUCUUCAUUCUGCAAGACCACAUAAGUCCUGAUAUUCACAAUUAUCAGUAUUCUUUUCUACUCAGAUCCCUGGAAUCAGAGGGCUGAACAAAAGGCUCUUCCCAGUAUAUCUAUUUAUUUAAGGACAGUGCCCCAUUCCUUCAUUUCCUGGGUGCUCUCUUUUGGACUUCAUCCAUGUCCCUGUAUCAGGUACCUUUCUUCUACACCCCACCUCACCCUUUUCAGCUUCCUUUACUGGGUUGUCUUGCCCUAUUAGUAUGCAAGCUCCUUGAAAACAGGGGUUUUUCUUUUUCAUACUUGUAUCCCCAGCACUUUUAGUACUGUGUCUGACCCAUAGAAAGUGUUUAAUAUAUGUGUAUUGACCAAACAGAGAAUUGCCCUUCAGAAGAAUGUACUAAAAGAGCCUAUUUAAAGGUAGCACAAUGAUUAAGAUGAUGAUAGCUGUAGACCAUUGUGAUCCAUCAACUCAACUGCAUGUGACUGUUUUAAAAGUCACAACUGAGAAAUAGCCGAUCAAUAACUGUUUGGGGACUGACUAUAAGAAAAUUAUGUAAGGAUUAUUGGGAUAAAUGUGACAGAAAGGUGAACCUUUUGAAUUUUGCAAUAUAAAUUAGAGGCCACGGGGUAUGAGAAGGCACUGAUGUGACCCUUGGAAUGCAUAUGGCAACGGGAGAAAAAGCUAUAGACAAAAAGAGGACCAACUGAGACAAUAGAGAAAGCUGAGCACAAGAGGAAUUAAAGAUAGACACAAAAAGUGAGAAGAGGAGCUAUUUACAGAAAGCAGAAGAAUAUAGCAGAUAAACAGGUGCUCAGCUGCCUGGUAGGCUCUGCAGCUGUUUCAAGUUCAGUAUGGAGACCUGUUUGAGUUUAUAUUGUCUAGUGUUAACUAUAAGAUUAAUUCUCUUAAUUCUGCAAGAAUAAUUCUCUGAAAUGAUUUUUUGUUGACUUUUUUGCUCUCUCUGGUUUAAGAAAGAGAAAUAGAAGAAGGGAGAGACAGGUUUUACAUCUGCUUUGCUGUGAGAAAACACAUGGCUUUCCUGAGAGCUGAUUGUACAUAAUCCUCUACUUUUUUGGGGAAAAAAUGGCUGGGGAAGUAUUCUUGGCCCUAAUUGAUACAUAUGGCUUGGUAAAGAGAAAAUCAUCAGAGCCCCAGAGCAAAUAUGAGAAGAGUUUCUAGUCACUGAGCAUAUUUUCUCAGCAUCUUUCUAAGAAUGGAUGUGUGCUGAGUUUGUCACUAUUUCAGUAGCCCAAGAGUAAUGGCCGAGAAGCAGUUUUGCUUAGCAGGUGGCUCAUUAUGCCAAAGUCAUCUAAACUUGUUGUGAGGUGGCUUUGGCACAUGUUUCCCUACUCAUGUGCUCCCCUGCUAGGUUUCUGUAAAGGUCUCCCCAUUAAUACUGUGGGUAUUGGUAAAAAGUGUAGCCUUGGUUUAUGGUUAAACUUAUAUUUUGAUUAUUCCUGUUCUCACUUUCUAUUAAACAAAUAUUAUAAUUA